AUGGAGAGAAUAAACCUAGUUGAACUUUACUCACCUAUGCUACUAAUUCCUUUUUGGUUUAUUAGUUAUACAAUAUUUAGAUGCCGUCGCCAUUUCAGCGACGGAACAGACCGAACUCAUCACUUUUCCAGAAAUCUCACAACAAAAUAUAUUUGCACCUUUUUUAUGAUGAUUUUCUGCUUUAUCCACGUAUUUGAUAUUCUUCCUUCCAGCUAUUCUACAUCAGAAAAAACAGUCAGGAUGUUUUUCUUCAGUUCUCUUGGAUUUGCCUGGUUUUUAAGCUUUUAUUUGGUGAUUUUUGAAACUCGCAGAAGACUUCGCAUGAAGUGAAGUGGUCAUCGAAGUUUUUGGCCGAUUAACAUGGUGAUUCAUCUGAUUUUCGCAAUUUUACAGAUUCUGGAGACUGUUACGGACUUUAAUAAUCAUGAAAUAAUCCCAAUAGAGAAAAUUGUAACUUUUCUGUUGGCAUUCGGGAUUUGCUGCAUUCUUGCUGUGUAUGCAGUGUUCAGGCCAAAUGAGUUUACAUUAAUAAAUAAUGACCCGCUGCUGUAUUCGAGAAAUAUGAAUCAGAAUAGAAGAACAACAGUGGGAAGACGCAAAACUGUUCCUGAGCAAGAAGCAGAAAAAAAGCUGUUUACAACUUCUAUUAAGGAGUGCAAAAUUAAGACUGAGAAUAAUAAGCAAGUUGUUUAUUUCCAUAUUAUAUACUGUGGCAAAGGAAUUUGAUAAUAAAAUACUUAAAAUACUGAUAUAAAAAAAUUAUUCACAAAAAUCAGCAAGGAAUAGUAACAAGCGGAGGAAGAACUCACACUGUCAGGAGGACUUAUGCAGAAUUUGAUUCUCUGCAUAAGACUCUAAGGCUGAAAUUCCCAGUUGAUGAGUUCCCAUACUUGGAUUUUCCUUCUUUUCCUAGAUUUCACCAAAACUCAUAUAAUUUGGACUAUAGAAUGAAGGCUUUAAAUGAUUACUUACAAGAACUUUGCUUUCCUGAGUUCAUGGCUGCUGUUUUUCUUGAUUUUUUGGAAAUUAAUGGGCAUGAGAGGACAGAGUGCUUGGAAUAUCAUAACAAAGUCGUUAACGAGGAAAGGCAUUUAAGUAUUGGCUCUAAUGAUGAAUCUGGGAGUCGGCAUGGCUCAGUUGUAGCUAAUUAUUAUCAACCAAAAUUUGUAUAUGCAGAUGAAGCUGACACUGUCCAAGUCCCUAACUAUCAUUUGCAUUCUUUUAUCAAUGUAAAAAUACUCAAGUGAAUUGAAGAAAGAGACCACAUUGAAUACGCAGUUCAAUGGAAAAUCCCAAGGCUUACUCAAGAAGGGACUAUUCAAAAGCGCUUUAACGAGUUCUAUGAGUUUCAUAGAAAACUAAAAAAAUCAUUAGCUCCUGCAGGACUUCCUAAGUUUCCAUCAAAGAAUUACUUACAGAACUUCAGGUCUCAGGAUUCUCAUGCUUUAGAAAUCAGGAAAAGGAAAUUAGAAAACUAUUUAGGCCAUGUCUUAAAUGACACUGCUUUCUUAUGCCAGGACGUGCUAGAUUUCAUCAAUUGUACUGUUGAUUUAGAGUCUAUAUGAAAAAGCAGACUGCAAGGAAUUUCAUAUAUUCUCCAUUCUCCAAUAACAUGGGAAGGUGAAGUAGACAAGGAGUCUCAUUUUUUACUAUAUUCAUUAAAUUUUUCAAAGCUUUAUAAAGGACGCCAGCUGUGUGAAUGAAAUAUUAAGCGGCGGUACAAAGACUUCAAUCGAUUGAAUCGGUUUUUAACUAAAAGACUAGAAAGUCCAACUCUAGGAAACUAUAUAAGAUUUCAACAAAAAUUAAACAUUACAAAGCCAAGGAAAAAUUCAAUAGAAAUCCAAGUUCUGCCAUCCUUGCCUGGAAAAAGCAUUUCGCCAUUAUCAUCUCCAGGAGAGAUUGAAGCCAGAAGAAAAGGGCUUGAAAAAUACAUGGAAGAGCUAAUUGCAAUGCCAAUAUCAGCAGAAUCCUUUGCCUUUAGGGAAUUCAUUGAUGAUCCUGAAAUUAAACAAAAUUUAUAUGAGUAUUAA